UGCGCAACAGUUGGGGUACAAGUGCGAAUUCGGGUGUACCGUCCGUUGUUUAGUGGCCAAACCGAUGCAGGAUGCAAAACAGAAACUGAAAACACAUUUCCGGCAUCGCAACGCUUUGUUUCCGGUUACGAGCGACUCCAGCCAAUGUUUCGAAUGAAUCAUGAUCCAGACCCUUCAAAAUUCACUUACAACAAUGUAUUCAAACCGUUUUCGGACAUUUACGAAAAAUCGGCUGACAGCAUGUCGAUUCCUUCGACUCCCUCAACACCUUGCAGCCCUCUGGCAGAUCUGUUCGACAUCGAAGUGAUCACCGAGAAGGAUCGCGAUGACGUCCUGCAAUUCCUGCAAACGUUCUUCUUCAAGGAUGAACCUUUGAACUCGGCAAUUGGUCUCAUUACCGAUGAGAAUCCCCGUUGUCUCGAUCUCGAGACCUACUCCUUGAAAGAGUUGAACAAUGGGUUGAAUUUGAAAGCUGUUAUGGAUGGUAAACUUAUCGGCGUGUGCCUGAACGGCAUGUUGCACCGAGGCUUCGUCGACGACAUCGACAUCAACGAGAAAGUCGACGAUCCGAAGUUUACCAAGAUCGUGAGACUGUUGAACUUCGUCGCCAAAGAUUCGGACGUGUUCCAGCACUUCCCGGACUGUGAUAAAGCCAUGUACGUGAAAAUCCUCUCGGUGGACACGUCGCUGAGGGGAAAGGGCAUCGCAAAGGAUUUCCUAGCCAGGACCAGGGAUAUGGCCAGGGAGAAUGGCUGCGGUUUCAUGACGGUGGAUUGCAGCAGUCACUUCACUGCCAUGGCGUUGAAGAAGUUAAACUUCAACAAAGUCUACAGCAUGGAUUACGCCGACUACAAAGUGGACGGCGAGGUUGUUUUCAAUCCUGCGAGUCCGCACAAAGCUAUCACCGUUUACACCCAAAGGAUCCAGUAAAAAUUAUAUAAUUUAUUUGUUUUCAUUCUUGCCAUAUAGAUUAUAUGUAUAUUUUAGGUUUACGCACAAUAUUUCUUUUUGUUUUUUUUUUUUUUAAUUUCGUUAAUUUUUGUUUACUAUUUUACUGUCGUAAAGAUGUGAUUGAAUAUACAGGUAUUAUUACGAAAAGCGUAUUGAUAUAAGAUAGUUCAAAUUUAUAUUAGGGAAAUGAUAUAAAAUGUUUUAUACUACAUUGUGAAAAAAUGUUACUACAACAUUGAUUAAUGAUUAUGUUCAUUUUAGAACAUACGCUGUAUUUUACGUGUGCCAAAAAAUCUAAAGUUUUGAUGAUUUCGCAUGCAUGUUAUAAAUAAAUGUUAUUGUAGAGGUAAAUGUUUACAAAUACAUUUUGCGUAACGAACAAGGAUUUUAAAUUCAACGAAUGCAAAACGAUUUCGGUUCCUCCAAUUAGCAGUUUCUACGUGACCGUUUCAAGAAUGUUAAUACUCGUGUUUACAUUCGUUUAUUUCAUGUGUAUUAUCUAUAAAUAUUUACAUGAUAAAUAAAUAUAUAUACAAAUGGAA